AUAGAAUUGAUAAUUUUACAAGGUUAGCGCUUGAAAGAAGUAUUCCCCAACUUCUAUCCCUCCCUCCCUCCCUCUCCUGCACUCUUGGGAUGAAUUCCUGCUUUCUGACACUCCUGUCCAUUUAUCUAUCCACCCGUUAAACUCCUCCUUCCUUUAAAUUUGAAGACUCCAUUAUCAUGACCUUGCUUCAGCAAAAAUCUCUCCAUUUGAUUAACUUGAGUGAGUUUUGUGAAGUAAAUCCAAUGCGUUGUAUUUCUAUGCCUAUGGGGCUUGUUCUUCAGACACCUUCGUUUGGAGUUGUUUCUAAUUUCAAAAGAAAAGAGCAUUCUUGUGUUUUAGUAAACAGACGGCGUAGUUAUAUUAAAAAUGCGAUCUCGGGUAUCCAGAUGGAGAGUAACAUCGUUGUAAAGGAAGAUGUUGAAUUUAAGUCUUCAUUUGAUGAGUAUUUGAAGGCAAUGGAGUCUAUUAGAGCUGAUAGGAAGAAACAAGUUCAGAAUGGGAACACUCAUGGAAAAAAGCCUACUAAUGUUGCACUCCGUAAAGAUGUUUUGCAGGAUCGAAAAUGUAGUGAGACUGUUGAAUUGUCUUUCAAGGUAGAUAGGGAGAAGAAGAAAUUUCAGAGAGGGAGUGGUCAUGGACAUAAGUCUAUUGAUACUGCACUCCGUAAGGAUGUUUCUCGGGGUCGGAAACGCGGUGAGACUAUUGAAUCGUCUUUUGAUAAGAAGAAGAGGCAAGUUCAGAGAGGCAGUGGUCAUGGAAAGAAGUCUAUCGAUAUUGCAUUCGGUAAAGAAGUUUCACAAAGUUCGAAACACAGUAAGACUCUUGAAUUCUCUGUGAGAUAUGAUAAGGGAAAGAAGCAAGUUGAUAGCGGAAGUGGUCAUAGAAAGGAGUCUAUUGAUGUUGUAUUCGGUAAAGAUGUUCUAGAGGAUUGGAAACAUGGUGAGACAGUUGCAUCGUCUAUUAUUGUUGAUAGGGAAAAGCAGCAGGUUCAGGGAAGUGGCCAUGGAAAGAAGCUUAUUGAUGUUUCAUCUAGUAAAGGUUUUAUGGAGCAUUCUAAACGUGGUGAUGCUGUUAAAUUUAAUAGGUUCAAAAGGUCAGAUUUCGAGGAAGGAUAUGAACAAUCCAAAAGGACUGAACGAGUUGCUGUCAAAAAUAUGUUGGGUGGUAGUGUUCGAGCACGAUACAGUGUACAGUCUCAAGGAUCCAAAAAUGGUUCAAGCAAGCAGUCUGAUGUAGAAGCCACUACUUCUAAAAGCAGCAAGGUUAUUAAGAGGAAGAGCAUGCUUAUGGAGCAAAUAAGUGAUGACAAUGAAUUGGAAAUGGAAACGUUUCUCUAUGAUUCAUCUGAUGUACUUAAUGAUGGCCUGGAUGGUCCUCGAGUUUCACGGAUGGAAAUGGAGGAAAGAAUACAGACUCUUGCUAAACGUUUAAAUGCUGAUGUGGACAUGCCACAGUGGAUGUUUGCGAAGACAAUGCGUAGUGCUAGAAUUAGAUAUUCUGACAGUUCUAUCUUGAGAGUUAUUCAGAUUUUGGGUAAAUUUGGAAACUGGCAAAGGGUACUUCAAAUGAUUGAAUGGCUUCAGAUGCAUGAGCGCUUCCAAUCCCAUAAACCCAGAUAUGUCUACACAGCUGCACUUGAUGUCCUGGGGAAAGCACGACGUCCUGUGGAAGCACUAAAUCUUUUUUGUUUAAUGCAGCGACACAAGACUACCUAUCCUGACAUUGUGACAUAUAGAUCAAUCGCGGUUACUCUUGGACAAGCCGGUCAUAUGAAGGAACUUUUUGAUGUAAUUGAUAGCAUGAGAUCGAUGCCAACAAACUUCAAAAUUGAUGUUCUCGAUGAAUGGGAUCCUCGGAUUGAGCCUGAUAUCGUUAUUUACAAUGCUGUUUUAAACGGCUGUGUUAAGAGGAAAGAAUGGGAAGGAGCCAUGUGGGUGCUACAGAAAUUGGAAGAAAUAGGCGAACAACCAUCAAGUACAACAUACGGACUUGCUAUGGAGGUUAUGUUAGCUUGCGGGAAGUAUGACUUGGUCCACGAGUACUAUAAGCGAUUGUUGGGAUCGUCUGUGCCAAAUGCCUUAACAUAUAAGGUUCUUGUUAAUACUCUUUGGAGAGAAGGCAAACCCGAUGAGGCUAUUGCAGUUGUUCAAGACAUGGAAAACCGAGGACUACUUGGUUCAGCCAGUCUUUAUUACGACCUUGCCCGCUGUCUCUGUAGUGUGGGAAGAUGUGAAGAAGGAUUGAUGCAAGUUGACAAGAUAUGUAAAGUUGCUAGUAAGCCUUUGGUGGUGACGUUCACCGGUUUAAUUCAAGCAUGUUUAACCAGGGGUAAUAUUCAUGAUGGUGCAUCAAUAUUCAACCAUAUGCAGAAGUAUUGUUCUCCAAAUACCGUGACAUAUAACAUUAUGCUGAAAGCGUUUCUUGGAUAUGAAAUGUUUGAUGAGGCUAAAGAGCUCUUUCGGAAGAUUAUUCAAAGUGGAGACAAACGUAGAAAGGUCAAGAGUAAGAUUAAGCCUGAUCGUUCGACAUUUACGAUGAUGCUAGAAGCAUUUGUCCGAGAUGAAAAAUGGGAUGAUUUUGAACACGCUUAUGAACAGAUGCUGCAGUAUGGGUAUCCUUUCAAUACCAAGCACCAUCUUUGGAUGGUUCUAAAAGCUUCUUGUGCUGGAAAGGACGAAACGGUUGAAAUAACAUGGAGGCACUUGUUACGAUUCAAUCGUAUCCCACCACCAAAACUCAUCAAAGAAAGGUUCAGACUGAAAAUGGAGAACAAUGACUUGGUCGAAGCAUUUUCAAGCGUUUCUUGCCAUCCUUCGAGCCAUCAAGAGUCAUUUUCCAAGGAGGCAUGGCUAAAACUACUCCAAGACAAUGAACAUUGCUUCAAGAAAGAAGCUCUUGAGCAUUUGAUAAGUGAGAUCAACACUUUUCUUUCCAAAAGCCAAUCACCAAACAUCAUAUACCAGAAUUUGCUAGACUCUUGUAUGGAAUUUGUUAAUAUGACUCAAUAGUUCCUGAUAGAACUUCGAUGUCGAAAUGCCCGUAAAUUGUUAGGAUGUUGUAAAUUAGUCAUUUAUUGAUUUCAAAGGCAGACCCAAGAUUCAAACUAUGAUGGAGCUACAUGUAUUGCCCUACAUGGUUAAUUUUUGAGUAAUUUUGGCUUUUAUGUUGCAUUUAUCGUGAA